CCGGCGGUUGGAGGACGCGGCGCGCGACCGCUGCGGCGCUGACGUCACCACGUCGGGGCGUCAUCGACGCGACGCGGGGGGGAAAGAGCAGGAGUUCUGAUAAUCUAACUUGCCAUCAUGCUGCCUCAGUGUUUGCCAGGUGUAUGGAAAAUUCUAAGCCCUUCUCAUAAACUCUUCAAACGACGUCAAUGUUUAAAACUCAACCCAAGGUCUUUCAGCGUCGUACCUGUGUCCAGGCUCCGAAAGCGGGUGGUAAUUACGGGCAUUGGUUUAGUGACUCCUCUUGGUGUUGGGACCCAGUUAGUGUGGCACCACCUUAUCCAGGGAGAAAGUGGUAUUGCUUCCUUAGAGGGAGAGGAGUAUAAAAAUAUUCCCUGCAAAGUUGCUGCUUUCGUGCCAAGAGGAAAUGGUGAAGGCCAGUUCAGUGAAGAAAGCUUUUUGUCCAAGGCAGAAAUCAAGGCCAUGUCUUCUCCCACCAGCAUGGCUAUUGGAGCUGCCGAGAUAGCGCUUAAAGACGCCGGCUGGUCUCCUCAGUCGGAAGCCGACCAAGUGACUACAGGGGUAGCAAUUGGUAUGGGAAUGAUUCCCCUUGAAGUUGUCUCUGAAACAGCCCGAAUGUUUGAAGCAAAAGGCUACAACAGAGUCAGCCCAUUCUUUGUUCCGAGGAUUCUGGUUAAUAUGGCGGCCGGUCAGGUGAGCAUUCGGUAUAAACUCAAAGGACCCAAUCAUGCGGUAUCAACUGCGUGUACCACAGGAGCCCAUGCCGUGGGAGAUUCAUUUAGAUUUAUAGCCUACGGCGAUGCUAAGAUGAUGGUGGCUGGGGGAACAGAUGCCUGCAUUAGUGCCUUGUCACUAGCCGGAUUUGCCAGGGCUCGAGCGCUCAGCACUAACCCAGACCCGAAGGUGGCCUGUCGGCCAUUCCAUCCAAAGAGAGAUGGAUUUGUGAUGGGAGAGGGUGCGGCUGUGCUGGUCCUAGAAGAAUACGAGCACGCCGUACAAAGAGGGGCCAGGAUUUACGCUGAAAUCUUGGGGUAUGGACUCUCUGGAGAUGCCUGUCACAUAACAGCUCCGGAUCCUGAGGGAGAUGGUGCUCUGAGAUGUAUGGCUGCUGCAAUAAAAGAUUCGGGAGUACAUCCUGAAGAUAUAUCCUACGUCAAUGCCCACGCCACCUCCACCCCGUUAGGAGAUGCUGCGGAAAACAAAGCCAUCAAACAGGUUUUUAAAGACCACGCUCACACCCUCGCGGUGUCUUCAACCAAGGGAGCAACGGGACAUCUGCUGGGGGCGGCAGGGGCAGUGGAGGCAGCUUUUACUGCCUUGGCCUGUUAUCAUGCAACCUUACCACCCACGCUAAACCUGGAUUGUACAGAACCAGAAUUUGAUCUAAAUUAUGUACCCCUGGCUGCCCAAGAGUGGAAAAUUGGAAAAAGACGCAUUGCUCUUACCAACUCGUUUGGCUUCGGCGGCACUAAUGCAACACUGUGUAUUGCCAACGUGUAGUGUAAUAGUGAGUGUAACUGAACAUUGGAUAAUGGCAAAAAAAAAAGAACGAUAAAUUGGUUAAAAGGGGUGUAUACGUAAAUAUAUAUACAUAUAUAUAUAUUUUACAGAACUGUAGCCCUUCCUCAGUUGUGUCAUUUCGAACACCUACCGCUAUCUUUCUGUUAUUUAUUAUCACAAUCAUUGCUUCCUCUACCGAAGAGAUUUUCAAACAAGAAUUUAGGACCUUAAAGAUGACGUUUCCCCUUCGACUGGGUGUCAUCUGAGAGAUGUCUGGUUUAUUUAAAAAUUAAACAUUGUUUUUGGCUAAUAUUUCGAAAAAAGAGUUUAUCCGGAAAGGAUUGUUUUGGAAGAUUACAGCAUUUUAUGAAACACGGGUCCGUCCCAACUUGAACAGAAAAUAAGCCUGUUCCCAAUAUUUGAGCUUCUCCAUUUGUAUUCAGUCAAAUACAAAAAAGCUUUAUCCCUUUA